AUGCGUGGCGGGUUUGUUCACCCCUGCGUCGUCAGAUCUCGUAGCCAAUCGGAGAGAUUCGGAGGCUGCGUCGCAGAGCGCGCGCGCGUACCCGGCCGCUUCGUCAUUGCGACGGAGGCUGUCGUGUGUCGGCGCUGGCCCGUGCGAGCGCUCGUCCGUGCGUCACCUGAGCCGCCGCGUCCGACGCCGGGUCGCGCGAACACGCCCUCGUGCCCACCGCGCGCCACGCCGCACGCUCACGCUACCGGCCGAACGCCUGCCCGGCCCGAGCCGGCUGUGCCGCGCAGUGUCUGUGUGUCUCCAUAG